AUGAGCGAUCCAGCGGCUACGCAGCCUACGACCCCGACCCAAAGCCCGCCCAAUGAAGCAUUCACGGCUAUGGACAUGGAAAACGAUACAAAGUCCGAAGCGUUUGCGAUAGAUCAUGACAGUGCCUAUAUCACCCAGCCUCAACCCGCAUCAAGACGAUACUCCGCUCCCAAAGCGGAUCGAGACACUUUCGACUCGCAGCAAGCUUUCCUGGACAGUUUGCACCCCAUCGAAAUCGAAGACGUUGAAGAAGAUGAGCAGAAGUGUCCCCUUUGCUGGAAACAGUUUGGAGAAGGUCCUGAUCCUGGUCACGAUAAUUCCGAGCGACCCGUGCGGCUCCGAUGCAACCACGUGUACGGCGACAAAUGUCUUGCCGACCUGUUCCGCCUUCCUGAGACCUCCAGAGUCAAGUUACAUCCUCUCAGAUUUUUUCCCGGAGAUAAGGGUCAUCUUCUUGGCCAGAUACUGUGCAAAUAUCGUCAGAGUCUGGGCGCCGAGUUUCGCAAUCGCAACGAUGUUGAGCUGUUUGAGAAAUUUCUUACAAGCAUCGAGAUCCCGUCAGGGCCGCCAAAGCCUGAGGACUAUUGGAAUAGUAUCCUCGUAGGGAUUUUCAAAAUGAUAGACCAUCGGAGCAUCGUAGACAUUACAUUCAUGGAAAAUGCCGUGGUAUUGGAUCAGGGUGAGCCGUUACCAGAUGCAAUCGCGACACCACGACAUUCCUUUCCUACUCAAGAUCCAACAGUAUCGCCUAGUGGAUUACCCAGACUGAAUCAGAGAAUGGUAGGAGCUGUAAGCCCUCAUUCUCUUCCCUUCCCAAAACCACCAGUGGGAAAGCCUGAGUUCGACACGAAUUUCUUCACUUCAGGAGUACUUCACGAUGCCUCCGACGAUACGGCAUCUCCACAGCCGCUCAUGUCGGCUCCGGGCCUCUCUACACCUUCAAAGACUAUUUCACGGUUUGACCCUCAGAAAGAGGGGUGGGCGUCGCCAUUCCAACAAGUCUCAACAGAUUCUCUCAAGUCACCCCCACAGCAUGCCAACCCCGUUCUUUCUUCGGAAACAAGCAUCAAGACCACUUCUUCGAAUAACAAACCGUUGAAACCCUGGAUGGAGGCCUUGAACACGGCAGAGACGAAAUUUGACAAGCUUUCCGCGCUUCGGAACGAGAAAUUGAACGAGAAAACAGAGAGCAUGUCGAUGACGGAGGUGCAACUGGCGGCUCAAGCAAUUGUGCAGGGGGUAUCAACCGAUCAACUUGCUCUUAGCAAUACUUCUCCGGGAUGUUUGCUGGCUCGCCAGAAUGAGAGAGAACAUAUGAGUCGAGACCGCAAAACAUUACUCGCUCGCAAACUCGUCGACGUGCUUGAAAAGUACGAGGCAAGUCAAGGUACUGUGCCGAUAUCGUACAUGCCUCAACUGCAGCAUUCCCUCGUUCUUUCUCCGUAUUUGCUCUUCUUCCGGGUUCCAAUUCAUAUCCGCGAUCGGGCGAGCACUUCGUGUGAGCUUUAUCCACACAUCAGACGUCAUAUGGUUGAGCGCGAUGGAAUCCUAUCCGUUUGUGAAAGGUCCAGGAUUAUCCUUCUGAGAUCAUUAUGCACCGACUGCGAGCUCGACGAAAUAUCACAGACUGCGUUGCCAACCCCCACCGAGGUUACCUGGGCAAGGCACGCAGCUUCAAAUCCCGACUCUUGUCCUCUAUGUCAGGAAGUGCUCUUCAGAAGUAUACGCACGCGCAGUUUCAGUGGGAUUCCACCUCAUCCCUUUACUGAAGACGCAGCAACGACGCAGUGA